AUGGCGCUCGUGAACGGGCAUGGGCUACUGAUCCUGACACAAACUAACCAAGUUGUGUUUGUGUGUAAAGAAGAGGCUAAUGAAAAGCAAAUUGUCCCUGCAGUUGUCGUCCGGUCUCGUCUCUCCUUUUACUUUGCUCUUGCUCGUCGAGUCUUUUGUUAUUGUGGUUUGUUUGAAUCCACAAGCAGUAGAGUUCAGAGCAAUAAUACUAUCCUGCCCCCUCGUGUACAAUACCCCUCGUGUGGCUGCGUUGAAACCCAAGAACCCUUCCUCAGGGCAGAACGUGGAUACUCAAACUGGGGUCUGGUGACUCAGAAUAUCAGGUCGAAAGGACAACGACUGGUAGUGGCUGGCCCUGUUAGCAAGUGGCUUCCUUCAAGGGUGGCGCCGGGAGCUGGUCCCCGUAACUCAACCCGCUCAUGGCCCGUCCAUGUUCCAUCUCAAGCCUCUGAGCUAGCUAUUGAUUCUGACUCUACAGGCAGACGACGAUCGUUGAUCUUCAGGGAAUCACGUUUGUCUGUGACUGAAUGUUUCUGUGAACUUAUUGAGCCUCGAUGCUUGUUGCGCUGGGACUCUUGUCGAAAUGGCAUCUAUCAACAACACCAAAGUUCAUGUGGAUAUCUUAUUCAAGAGACUGACAUGUAUUCGAACAUCCAAAGCCCUGGUUCGUCGAUACCCCACUGGGCGCCUCUCAGCGCCAGUGCUCAGGGGUAUUCCCGUCCUCUCAAGCCAUCGCAAGCCACCUCACCCCUGAGACCUCCCCUCUGGCCCAGGAACUUCUCUGUUCUUUCCAGCCAGGGAGGAUCCCAUGGCACUGGCAGUUGGCAUGGGAUGGCGCCCGUUGGACUGAAGAUCGCCUCUAACAUGGCAUGGAAUUCUGGUGGAAUGGCAUGA